AAUGUUCUUGGGUCUUCAUUUUCCUUCAGAUCCACAGCCUGACCAAUGAUCCUUCAGCAGUGGGUUUUUUAUUCUGACACUGUGACAGCAACUUCAAUGGUUCACAUGUGGAGGCCAAUGAAAAUAGUAUAGAGGCAACCAUGGAUCUCCUGAUGUUACAUCUAGUUUGGCUGUUAUAAUGUGAUCUUGCUGUUGGCAGUCAAUACACUUAAGAGGCUGCACUGCGUAGAUUACAGAGGCAGUGAUGGAGGCAUAGAGAAGGAAGUGGCUUCUCAGCUGGCCUUUUCAUCAUGGAGACGGACAGCAUCAGUCAACAGAAACUCAGUAAAACAGAGAAGAAGCUGCGGCAAAAGCAGAUGAAGGCCAGACACACUCUGUUCAGGCACGAGGGCAUUGAGUGUGUAUCAUACCCUACCAAGAGCCUGGUUAUUGCCAAUGGAGGUCUGGGUAAUGGUGUAAGUAGAUGCCAACUGCUCUGCGUGGUAGAGGAAUGUGGGCUGGUAGAAGCUCUCUUAAUGCCACCAAAUAAACCGUAUUCGUUUGUGACAUUUGGAAGGACAGAAGAUUCCAAACGAGCCCACGACUCCCUCAAUGGAAAGGAGAUAAUGUUGGAGGACUCUGGUCAAAAUGUUGUUCUCUAUUUCAACUUUGUGGAAAAAGUUCCUUGGGAGGACAUGAUGCCUACAGCCUUACCUCCUGGCCUGAAGAUAAUUGAAGACCUGGUUUCACCUGAGGAAGAAAGGCAACUCUUGGAAAGCAUUGACUGGGCAGAGGAUGAAAGCAUCCCAACUGCUCAGCAAUCUCUAAAACACAGGAGGGUAAAACAUUUUGGAUAUGAGUUUCGAUAUGAUAACAACAAUGUUGACAGAGACAGACCAUUACCAGGAGGCCUGCCUGAUAUCUGUAACACACUUCUUGCAAAAUGCCUGAAGAUGGGAUACAUUAAAGAAAAACCUGAUCAACUGACUAUAAAUCAGUAUGAACCUGGACAGGGAAUCCCUCCUCACAUAGACACACAUUCUGCAUUUGAGGAUGAAAUCAUAGCUCUAAGUUUAGGAGCCGAGAUCGUUAUGGAUUUUAAGCAUCCAGAUGGACAUGUAGCAGGAAUUAUGCUGCCUCAACGUAGUUUGCUAGUGAUGUCUGGAGAAUCCAGAUACCUCUGGACCCAUGGCAUCACACCUAGGAAGUUUGACAUCAUUCAGGCAUCUGAAGUACAGAAAGUUAGAGCUGUCACUGCUGACAUUGGAGAUUUAACCUUAAACAAGAGGAGGGAAAGGACAUCUUUCACUUUCAGGAAAGUGAGGAGGAGCCCUUGCAAUUGCUCUUAUCCUUCUGUGUGUGACAGUCAGCGUGAAGACACAGCGCCCUCCUUCCCCAUCAAUGAGAGAGAAGCCUCAAAGCUAGAAGAAAAGUAUGUCCAUGAAGUGUAUGAAGGGAUUGCCACUCACUUCAGCAGCACCAGGCAUAGCCCUUGGCCACGAGUCGUUGAAUUCCUUAGGGGUUUACCUUGUGGGGCUGUUGUGGCUGAUGUUGGCUGUGGCAAUGGAAAGUACUUAGGAGUCAGCAAAGACUUGUAUACGUUUGGCUGUGAUCGUAGUAUGACUCUUAUGGAUAUUUGUGGAGAGAAGGGAUUUCAAGCCUUUGUGUGUGAUGCGCUCUGUGUGCCCCUACGAAGUGGCUCAUGCGAUGCCUGUAUCUCCAUUGCAGUCAUCCACCAUUUUUCAACAGUGGAGAGAAGGCUGGCCACUCUCUGCGAGUUAGUCCGGCUGCUGAGGCCAGGUGGAAAGGCACUCGUCUAUGUCUGGGCUCUGGAACAGGAAUUCAACAAGCAGAAGUCUAAGUACCUGAAAGAAAAAAGAGCUAGCAGGGUUACACUGGAGGAAUUCAGCAGUGAUGCUGUAAAGGAAACAGAAUGCAGUGGAUUGGUAGCUGGAUUAAAAGAAGCAGUGAUCUAAGGCACCAAGCGGGGAUCAAACCUCUAGUAGCUACCAUACCUCUUUUACCACCAGCACUCUGAGUCCUCUGGACGCCAGGUAGAGUAGGGAAAACGGUUCCCUCUAGGCUGCAAUUUUAUGCUGAAGGGAGUUAGGUGGCCCUCUCAGCUUUGAAUGCUGUCAGCUAAUCCAAAUCGAUUGGGACUACUUCUUGGUAUUCCCAAGUGCCUCCAGAAUGUCAUGUUCAGGGCCACCUAGUGAGCCCAUCCCCCUUUCAAGGUUAGAGCUCUUCUCAUCAGAGGCACACUCUUAGGUUUGCUAAUUUGUGACACCUAACUUUUAGCCCACCACAGGGGUGUGCUGCCCCAGACUUUACAGACUUUUGUCAUCUCUUCUGUUUUCUCCCUUCUUAGCAAUGCUUGUCCAUUCCCUUUUAUUCAGCUGCAAGCCCUCCUCUUAAUCCACCACAGGUGAUGCUCUUUUCCAUUUCUGGUUUACUCCCUGGCCUUUUGCUGAUUCCUCCUCUGCUAUGUCAUGCUCACUCACACAUUCAUGCUCCCUUCCUGACCUCCUUUCUCGGUGGCUGAGACCCACCCCUGGGGUGUCUCUCCCCCUGCCUUUAUCCUCUGUCAGGCAGAGUAGCACCACAUCCUCAGUGCACUCUCCCUGCAAUGUCACUUCCAGUCCAGACAGCUCACCUUCAGGUCAGACCAGCAGCACCUCAGUGUGGUGCAGAGGAAGCCUCCUUUCCCCCACUCCUCAUGGAGACACAGCUGGUCCUAUAAAGCCCUUGCAGCCAAGCCAGCUUACUAGUCUGGGCAUCUUGUCUUGAGUUUGAAGACUCUACUGCUUUCUUUUCCUGCUUGCUGUCUCAGAUGGUGAUGCCUGCCUGCCUACAGCCUCACAGCUACUUCUGGCUCCUUCAGCACUAUAGUGAUGCCUUGGAACCCAACCUUUUGUGUGUGUCUCUCUCUGUACUUGCCUCUGACCCUUCGUUCCUUGUCUGUUUGAUCUGAUGCCUUACCUCCAUCCCAUCUGUGAUUGUGUCUAUUGCCCUUCAGAUCUUUGUUUGCCUGCAUCUGAACUGGACCUGCAGCUUCAGCCUACCUCGAAACUCGGCCAAUGCUUGAUAGUUUCUCAGCCUUCUUGACAAAGUUCAUCUAACACCAUUGGGGUACCUCAUUGCCAUGAUUUUCAUAGGCUCUAGCCCAUUUGUGGGGAAGCUUUGGCCCUCCAGGUGUUGCUGAACCACAACUCCCAUUGUCCUUGGCCAUUGGCCAUGCUUACAGGGGAUGAUGGGAGUUGUAGUUCAGCAACAUCUGCAGGGCAAAGAUUCCCCACAACUUCUCUAUCCAAUUCUAGCGGUACUAUGGACUAAGCAGGUGCUUUAUCACUUAUCUGGAUGUGGGAAUAAACUGCUGCAGGUGCAAAUGCAUCUAACCAUGUGCCACAUAAAACAAACCAAUGUCUUAGAUUAUGAAGAAAAGCUACACACACAUACACACUUACAUAUAAUAUUACUUUUAUAUCCAUCCUUUCCUCCAAGAACUUCAAGGUGGCAUGCAUGGUUCUCCUCCCCAUUUCAUCCUCACAACAACCCAGUGAGGUAGAUUAUGUUGAUUAGCACAAGGCCACCCACUGAACUUCAUGCCUGAAUGGAGAUUUGAGCACUGGUCUCCCACAUCCUGGUCCAACACUUACCAUAGAAACAUAGAAUUAGAAGUGGCAUCGAGUCCAACCCCCUGCUCAAUUUAGGAAUCUAAAUUAAAGCAUACCCUAGAAGUGCCUGUCCAGCUGCCUCUUGAAUGCCUCUAAUGUUGGAGAACCCACCACCUCCCUAGGUAAUUGGUUCCAUUGCUGUAUCGUUCUAACAGGAAGUUUUUCCUUAUGUUCAGUCAAAAUCUGGCUUCCUGCAACUUGAGCCCAUUAUUCUGUGUCCUGCAUUCUAGGGUGAUCAAGAAGAGAUCCUGGCCCUCCUCUGUGUGGCAAUAUUUCAAAUACUUGAAGAGUGCUAUCAUAUCUCCCCUCAGUAUUCUCUUCUCAAGGCGAAACAUGCCCAAUUAUUUUUGUCCUCACAGGGCUUUGUUUCCAGCCCCCUGAUCACCCUUGUUGCCCUCCUCUGAACUUAUUCCAGUUUGUCUGCAUCCUUGUUAAAGUGUGGUGUGCAGAACUGGAUGCAGAACUCAAGAUGAGGCCUAACCAGUGCCGAAUACUUUAACUACUACACCACACUAGCUCUCAUCAAAAAUUGCCAUUGUUGCCAUCCCAAAUUGGCCCCAAGUGCUCCAGUGCUGGGUAGGCAUAAAUUGGGAAUAUGUGGUGGCUAAACUACCUCAAGCAUCCCAAAAUUGUCUCUUCAGUACCCUCUUGUGGGGGAAAAAUAUUUCUUUCCUCUUAACUGAGAAUGUGCGGUGGUGUGUGCAUGGGUAGGAAUUCUCCUUAGCUUUAAGACAGUUAUGUUUCUAGCCCUGAGGGUAAAUCAAUAACCAAUUACUUUUCUUUGCAUUAGCUUUCAUUAUUGCAAAUGCAUUUUCAAGGCCCGGUGAGACAGCACUACCAGAAUGACAUAACAUACAACUUAAGAACACAAUACAAUGCAAAUUAUAAUAAAGUGCACUGGCCAAACAAUCCUAUCGUCACAUUUCACUGAGACCAGAGAUACUCAGCUUCUACAGGGGCUGUGUUGGUGGUGACUCCCGCAUGCCGCCCACACACAAAGGUAUCCAGUAAACUUGGACUGAUGGGGAGCACUGUCCUAGCAUCACUAUAGAACAUGCAAAGUGACUUCACCCUCACUCCAUGAGCACUAGAGCUCCUUCAGGUGACCUGUUUAUUGAGCAUUGAUCUUCAUUUGCUUGCACAAAGCUUACAUGGAGGUUAGAUUAUUUCUGGUCUUUAUUAGGCAAUUGUGGGGUGUUUAUACAUUUUGUGCUUAAUCAUUCGUUCAUUCCACACUUUUCAGUGCAUUUUCUAGGUCAUUCUAGGUGCAAAUAGGCCUUUAAAAAGUGGAUUUGUUGCUCUAGGGCGACAGAACACUUUAAUUCAUUUUAAUUGCGCAAACCUACAUUUCUUGGUAUCUGGUGGAAAUCCCUCCCGCAAAAUACUGGUGGUCUGGAGGCAUACCUAGUACCAUAGGCAGUAACAAGCCUACUGCUGCCAGUUCUUAGACAUCCCUCCAAACAAGGUCUCAAAUCCCAUUACACUGCCCACAAUAACCAUUUUGGAGAGGAGCACACACAAAAAGGCACUUUUAGAACUGGCUACAUUAGCAUGCUGUGUGUGCACACCUGCUGUCACCCAAGAGGGGGGCGGGGACAUGCUGAUGCCCCACCGCCAUCUUGGGUGAUGGCAAGCAUGCAUGCACAGAGUGCUGAUGUGGUGAUGCUGCAACAUGGGAUGUGGCGUGGCCAGCCCCUGCUGGCGUCAAGGGGGAGGGUGUUGCCCAGGAGGGUAGUUCCCGUUCUGCAAUCUGUGCUAGCAUCAGGGCACAGGGUGCAUUCUCCAUGACCCAAUGCUUGAGAGGAUUGCAGAGCGAGAACUACACCUGCUCAGUCCCAGCAGCAGGGACCAUCGGCCAGUACCCAACUUCGCUGCCUGCUGGUGCUGGGCCUGUCUGCUAAAUCCUACAGGGGAACCUCUCAGCAAUGUAACUCGAAUAUAGAAUUGGACACGUAUCAGCUGAAGUAAUAAACUUAACUUGGUCAAUGCAAAGACCCAGGUUUUGGAUUAGAUUAAUGGCAAAUGAAUUGUCCAAAACCAAUGUCCCCCUCCCAUCCAUGGGCAUCAUGCUGAUGCAAUUAUCAUGCCUUCCUGAACUUUUUGUUUUCAGUGGCUCAUGAGAUCAGAGAGAAAAAUGUAGUAAUGUUGAGAAGGUCAAAAGAUAUUUUAUUAGUCCCAUUUGAUAGAAGGCGGGAGAGGAAUACACACGCAAUAUGCACGCACACACGCACAUGUGCACACACACACACGUCUGCAUCUGAGUGGAACACAUUUUACAUGCAGGAAGUCUGAGGUUUGAUUCCAGGGUAAGAUUGUAUAUCUGUAUUUGUGUAGAUAUAUGAUUCCAGGGUACAACCCCAUUUAUUUAUAGAUAUGGCUUGUGUGUGUGUGUAUCUACACAAUUCAUGUUACUGGCAAACUUAAUGAGGAGUCUCAGUGACUAUAUUUGAAAUUCAAACUACGCGGUGUCAGCAUCAGACUCCUAAUUAAUUUCUGUUUUCUCAGAGAGACAAAACAUGCAAGUAUAAUGUGUACAUAAUUAGAAACGGACAAAAAGCAUUAUAGAAAUUCUAGCAAGAGACAUAUUUCUGAGAUGCCUGGUUGGUGAGGCCAGCGUUCUCCUUCAUCUCUUCCCUUCAUCUUGCAUACAGAUCCAUCGUUUCAGCAUGUGCAACCAAAAUAACCCACAAUAGCUCCUUUGAGUUGUGAAGUCACAUCUUCUGGUGUAAGUUUCCAGAGUAUUUGAACACCAAGCAGCGGCAGCUGGUGGCUCCGUGUCAGUGGGGCUGUGGAAUCCGUUGGGAUUUUUAGUCCAAACUUGGACAGCUCCUUGAAAGUUCAGACUAAAACCCCCAGCAGAUUCCACUGCCCCACUGAUGUGGAGCCACCAGUGACACCAAGCCUAGGAACAAGACACAAACCGCCCAGUGUCAGUGAGGUAUUUUCUUAUCUCAGGCCAUGCUGACUUCAUUCACAAGGAUGAACAGUCCCAGGGCUGACCACCAGGGACUGGCCUUAUCAGGCAUCUGUUAAGGGCCAUGCCCCUGUAAGGGGCCAACAGUUCACUCCCAGAAUGUCCUGGUCCACUCCUGCUGCUGCGCCUUGCUGUCAUUGCCUUUUGGGUUGUCAUCUCCAAGCAGGCAAGCAGUGACAAGAUCAGAGGUGAUGAAUCUCAUGCCUGGGGGCUGAAUGUGACCCUCAAAGCCUCUCUAUCUAGCUUUUGGGGAUCUCCCCAGCCCACAUCCCCUGCUGGCCUUGCUUAGCCCACCCACCCCCUUGAGUGUUUGUGCCUGUCCUUGAACUCUGAUAAUGCUGCUUGCUUAUCUGGAUGGAGGAUAGAGAGGGCAUGGAACGGUGUGUAAAAACUAGCUAAUGGUGCAAAGGUAACAUUUACAUUUGCUGCUCUGUCCACUUUUGCUCCUGGCCCUGUCCAUCACUGGCAAGUGGCCCUUGGAAGAUUACCCAGAAGGGAAUGUGACCCAUGGACUGAAAAAGAUACCCCUCUCAAUGAGUCAGUGGGUUUAGGUUGUAGAGAACCUGCCAGAGGAAGAGCAGUCACUAACCUAGGAAGAAUGAAGGGAAGAAGAUAGGCGAGGCGGAUACCUUUGUAGAGAAAGCAAUGACAGAACAACAACAAAACGUCUUCUCCUGGCACCAUCGCUAUCAAUCUUUAGGCGUCAGGUGAAGACAUUUUUAUUCACCCAGGCAUUUUGCUCCUAACUGAUGUUUUAGUUGGGUGGGGUAGGCUGUGUCCUUUUUAUGUUAUUGUUGGAAGAGCAUUUUUAGUCAAUAACAUUUCCCCCCUUUUUAAUCUCUGAUGUAUUUUCAAUAUUAUAUUAGAUGCUUUUAAAAAACUCUCUUUGAGACAAUUUUUUUUGUAGUAAAUGAAUGCAUUGUUGUUCGUAAUAAAUAUUUUCCGUGGUUUGUCCACAUUAAUUGUGUUUUUAACUUUUAAAAUAUGCUGAAAAUGAAUCUUCUACACCAAGAUGCUAAACUUUCACUUGGAAUUCUGUCCCACUGAUCUGUGUCCUAUGCCAGAUUCCUCCAAGUUUUCAGGUCAGCUUCCUCCACCAUGGUGCCCUCCAGAUGUUUUGGACUGCAACCCAUCAGGCCCAGGUACCAUGGUCAACGGUCGGAAGCUGGGAGCCGGAGUCCGGCACAUCUGGAGGGCGCUUCCUUGGGGAAGGCUGCUCUAGGCACCUAGCUCAGUUCAGAAGAGACUUGGUCAAUGCUGGUAAGUAAUGGGUCACCAUUCUUGCUUUUCAGGGACAAAAUUGGUUUUUGGUGGCCAGUGAUUGAAUAAAAUUACCGUUUGGCUUAUAGGAAACUGUCUUAUACUAGGUCAGACCAUAUUGGUCCAUCUAGCUCAGUAUUGUCUCCACUGACUGGCAGCGGCUCUCCAAGGUUUCAGGCAGGAGUCUCACCCAGUCCUACCUGGAGAUGCCAAGGACUGAACCUGGGACCUUCUGCACGCAAGGCAGAUGUGCUGCCACCGAGUUACAACCCUUUCUUCUGCCUUGGCCUGGUCUGAGCUGUUGGGAUGAAAUGUACUAGAAGUCCCUUA